CUCUUCUCAAAGUAAAAAAAAGCAGAAGGAGGCGGAUGCCGAGGGGAAGAAGAAGACGAGCACGGAUUGACUGCUCGCUCGGUUCGGCUCGGCUCAUUCCGGAGGCGGAGAAGUAAGAAAUCCUCCUCUAAGAAGCCACCGGCGGGAUCGACCGGAACGCCACCAGCCCGGCCGGCGAUGUCGUCCAGCAGGUUCUCGCCGGCGCUACAGGCGUCCGAUCUCAACGACUUCAUCGCCCCCUCGCAGGACUGCGUCAUCUCCCUCAACAAGUCCUCCUCCGCCGCCCGCCGCCUCCCGGUUGUUACCACUUCUCUAGUCUUCAACUCAACAUAGAAAUCAGCAACCUACCCAAAAACAAUGCUGACUGUUUCAUUUGAUCUCAUAGUGGUUGCAUAACAUCAGCAGAGACAGUAAUGCUUGAGAAGCAAAGCUUGGAUGACUUUGUUUCUCGCAUCAACUCUGGCAAAGCCGUCAUUGUAUCUGUGUCUCCUCAGUCAAGGGCAUCACUCGCUGCAUUCUUUGGUCUUUCACAGUCACAGGUUUUCAGAAAACUGACUGCUCUGUUCAAGUCAAUGGGCGUGAAGGCAGUGUAUGACACAAGUAGCAGUCGAGAUCUAGCAUUAAUUGAAGCAUGCAAUGAAUUUAUUUCACGCUAUCAGCUAAAACAAUCAUCUAAUGGCAAAGAAGUUGGGACCAGUCUUCCCUUGCUUUCAUCUGCAUGCCCAGGUUGGAUAUGCUAUGCUGAAAAGACUCUUGGUUCAUAUAUCUUGCCCUACAUCUCAUCUGUAAAGAGUCCCCAACAAGUGAUUGGUGCAGCUAUCAAGCAUCAUAUGGUUGAAAAACUCGGUCUCAAGCCAUAUGAUGUUUAUCAUGUUACUGUGAUGCCCUGUUAUGAUAAAAAACUUGAAGCUGUCCGGGACGAUUUUGUUUUCUCUGUGGAAGAAAAAGAAAUUACAGAGGUGGACUCAGUAUUGACAACCGGUGAAGUGUUGGACUUGAUACAGUCCAAAUCUUUUGAUUUCAAGACAAUGGAGGAGUCUCCUUUGGACAGAUUAUUAACAAAUGUUGAUGAGGAUGGCCAUCUUUACGGGGUUUCUGGUGGCUCGGGUGGUUAUGCGGAAACAAUAUUUCGUUAUGCAGCACGCGCACUCUUCAACAGAGAGAUAGAAGGUCCGCUAGAUUUCAAAAUCUUGCGAAAUUCAGAUUUCCGUGAAGUUACAUUGGAGGUGGAUGGCAAACCUGUUCUGAAGUUUGCACUUUGUUACGGAUUCAGAAACCUGCAGAACAUUGUUAGGAAGAUUAAGAUGGGAAAAUGUGAAUACCAGUUUAUUGAAGUCAUGGCUUGCCCUUCAGGUUGUCUGAAUGGGGGAGGUCAAAUAAAACCUGUUAAAGGCCAAUCUGCCAAAGAUCUCAUCCAACAACUAGAGGGCGUUUAUAUACAAGAUGUAUCAAUAUCAAACCCCUUCGAUAACCCAAUCGCGACAAGGUUAUACGAUGAUUGGCUCGUGCAACCUGGUUCUGAGAAUGCAAAGAAAUAUUUGCACACGAAGUAUCACCCUGUGGUGAAAAGUGUGGCCUCACAAUUGCAAAACUGGUGAGACCAGGUUGUUGCGUCGACGAUACCUACGGUCUUCCAAGAGCUAACCACACUGCCCGUGCUGAACAAUUGUUGGCAACACAGAAUAUACAUUAUCAAAGGUUUUGCUUGAGUCUUGAGAGCAAAUGAGUUUUGUUAGACUGUAGGUUUUCAUCUGCCUUCUUGGUAAUGUUGUAUACUACAACCUCAAAGGAGAGAAGAAAAAUAGCAGUUGAAUUGUAACCUGUAAAGAUGAACAAAUAGUUGUUUGUUGAUGCUCAGGUGAUAAUUUAUUUCCACGCCAGUUUCUUGCGACGA